UUUAAGCGGGGCCAGCCUGGCUCGCUGGCGCUUUCCCUCCCUCGCAGGGCCCGCCUCCUCAAGCACGACACGCCGCUCUGAUGGCGAAGCCUCUUUUUAAUUGAGACUGUCAGGCUGGAUCCACGAUGGAGCGGGAGGGGGCAUUGGAGCAGCAGCAGCAGCAGCAGCAGCUCAGCCGCCUAAAUCCGACCAAAGAACGGUAGCUUUUUCCAAAGGAGGGCCGGCUGCCAGCGGCGCCUGGCAAUCCGUAGCUCCGCAGGAUCUUCCUCCCAGAGGAGCCCGGAGGGAUUCGCUCUCGCCCGCACCUCCCGCUUCUGUCUCUCGGUUGGCAAGUGGAAGGGAAGCAGCAGCCUAGCCGCGGGCGAAGCAGCGCAACGCCGAGCCUUUGGAAACGGCCGGGAGCGCGACCCUCCAGGCGAUCGCCGCUUCGGGACGCCUUUUUUUCCCCCCUUCCUUUUUGUUCAGUUUCCUUCUGGGUGGGUUUUGGGGACGGCGACGGAACGCUUCUUUCUCCACCCCACCCCCCCUUCCUCCGAGAGUGAUUGGCUUUGGACGCGCGCGUCCCUCUGCUCUCUCCUCCGUCCCCGCUCGCUCCUUCGCUCCUCGUCCCCUUGUGCGAUCCUCAUGAAAAAUCAUAUCUGGGGCAGCGACCCCCGGGCUCCCAUGGCUGCAGCGAUGCCGUGGAAGAGCGUGGAGUGGCUGCAGGAGGAGCUGGAAUCGAGCGGGGGCAGCUCGCUGCUGCUGCUCGACUGCCGGCCCCACGAGCUCUUCGAGUCCUCGCAUAUCGAGACCGCCAUCAACUUGGCUAUCCCGGGCCUGAUGCUCCGGCGCCUCAAGAAAGGUAAUCUGCCCAUCCGCUCCAUCAUCCCCAACAACGAGGACAAGGAACGCUUCGUCAAGCGCUGCAAGGCGGACACCGUCCUGCUCUACGACGAAUCCACGGCUGAGUGGCAGCAGGACGGCGGGGCCCCCACCUCAGUCCUCGGCCUUUUGCUACAAAAACUCCGAGACGACGGCUGCAAGGCGUACUACUUGAAAGGUGGAUUUAAUAAAUUUCAGACCGAAUACUCAGAGCAUUGUGAAACCAAUUUUGACAGUUCUUCUCCGGCCAACUCUCCUCCUGCCUCAGUCCUUGGUCUGGGUGGACUCAGGAUAAGCUCUGAUUGCUCUGAUGGAGAAUCUGACCGGGAACCCAGCAGUGCCACCGAGUCUGAUGGGAGCCCAAUCCCAAACAACCAGCCGGCGUUUCCUGUCCAGAUUCUCCCCUAUUUGUAUCUGGGUUGUGCCAAAGAUUCCAGCAACUUGGAUGUCUUGGGCAAAUACGGCAUCAAGUACAUUCUGAACGUCACUCCCAAUCUUCCCAACAUGUUCGAGCAUGACGGAGAGUUCAAGUACAAACAGAUUCCCAUCUCGGAUCACUGGAGUCAGAAUCUCUCCCAGUUCUUUCCUGAAGCCAUCGCUUUCAUUGAUGAGGCCCGUUCCAAGAAGUGUGGCAUUCUAGUCCACUGCCUUGCUGGCAUUAGCAGGUCUGUAACAGUAACUGUGGCCUAUUUAAUGCAAAAGCUCAAUUUGUCUCUGAAUGACGCCUACGAUUUUGUGAAAAGGAAAAAGUCCAACAUUUCCCCCAAUUUCAACUUUAUGGGACAGCUUCUGGACUUUGAAAGAACUUUGGGACUCAACAGUCCAUGUGACAACCGCUCGCCUGGGGACCAGCUGUAUUUUACCACCCCAACCAAUCACAACUUGUUUCAGCUGAACACAUUGGAGUCCACAUGAAGGAGAUUUCAUUGGGGGGAACUUCAAGCCUUGAAUAGCUUCUCUUGAGCAUUUCAAAUUCAUUAACGGGAAAAGUUUUUUUUUUCCCCAGUCAGCUUUGAAACAACUGGUUUCUCCAAGCCGAUCUACCUAGCUGCUGCUUAAUUGAAAAGGUGUGCACCGUUUAUUAGUAUUUGGAUGCAAAUCCAAAUGGUUCGGAAGAGUUACUUCUCAUUCACCGGAAUUAUUUCAUGUGGCGGAUGGCCUGACAUUCUGACUGCAGCUGUUACUGGCAAUAACUCUUUUCUAAUUGUGGGUAGAGACUGAUACAGUAAACUCAUGCACAUGUAACACACACACACACACACACACACACACCGACGUAUUACUGGAUCAGUGUGGGUUGGCUUGGUGUGGAAAGUAAAGAAGACUCAUGCACUUAGCAAACUUGACCAAUAAGUGUUGGCUUGAGACUGUUGUUUUACAUCCCAGUUUACUUUUUUUAAAAAAAAAAAAAAAGAGGUAAUCUUAUACUCUUUCUUGGGUUCAAGCUCUUUUUCAAUAUGUACGUUCCUGACUGUUUGUACAGACCAGGUUGCAAAACCAGUAUUUUAUUCUGUUUGUGUUCAAUUUUAUGUUUUUUAGAUAUAAGAGAGAGAAAGAGGAAAAAAAUUCAAAUGUUUCUAUUGACCAAAUGCAUUUUGCACACUCUGUAAAGCCUCAAUAUGUUCUCUAGCAUGUUACUGGGGGUAGGGUGGGGAAAAGACACAAGAAAGACCUGUUGCUAUACCUGGGUAGCAUCUUAGCUGGAGUUUUCAUGAUUUAUGAGAGCCAGUUGGUAAAGUAUGCCCCUCUGCAGCAUAUUCACCCUCAUAACCUUUUCUGCACUGACUCUGCCAAGGUGACUAAGCACCAAUGUGCUAUCUGAUUUUUUUUUAAAAAAAUCGUCCCAUCCUAUUCUGUAUCCAUCACCAAUCUGUUCAAUAUUACCUGAGAUAACAUCUCAUAUAACCUUCACCCAGAGCUGGUAAAAGCACGCUUGGAGGCUCUUGGUUGCAGCGCACAACCUUUUUGACUGUUAACAUCACCAGCUGGACUGAAAUCACUCCAGCUUUCAAAGCAAUGAAAAUGCUGUUCAUGUUGUCUGCAUUUAUCUGGCACACUUGAUUCUUAUAUACAAUGGGUGCAUAUAUAUGUACAAGUGCAUAUAUAUAUAUGUGUGUGUACAUAAAUAAAUAUAUUGCAUGGAAGGAGCAGCCUGGAGGUGAACAAAGAAUCAAACAAUAUUGCUGUUGUAGAAGGCUUGAGCACAGAUUUGCUAAGGCAGCUUCCCUCACCUGGCACUUUCCAGAGGGUUUAGGAUGACAAUGUCCACAUUUCCUAUCAAGGCUAGUUUAGUCUAAGGCUGCCUGACAAUUCUGGGAACUGGGGUGCCAGUAUGUGAAGGAUACCAGUUUGGGAAGGUAACUUGGGUACAACCAGAAGGUACUUUAAAUAGGAAACAUGGGAAGCCAUGGGAUUAUACUACUUAGG